UUUCUUUUGUAUUUACUGGGCAUUUUCUUAGCUUAAUGUUUUUUUAAGUUGAAACAUAAGUGGCCACUGGGGAGGGAGAGCAACUUCAAUGGUGAUAAAGCUUUCAACUUUAAUUCUUCCCAAGAAAAUUCCCAAAUGGGUUUGUUCAAAACCCUAUUUUUCUUCACUUUCUGGUGCUUGUAGAAUUCAAAACAAUCCAGAAUCCAAUCAACCCUCUACCAGUUCUUCUGAUUUUGUAACCAAGAUUCAAUUUUUAAAGAAUAAGCUUCACCCAGAAACAUUAGCCGGUGUUCUUGAUUCCACAGCUGAUUUGGAUUCUUCAUUGAAGUUAUUCAAAUGGGCUUCUCUUCAAAAAAGGUUCCAUCACUCUGCUGAUACUUAUUUUCAAAUUAUCUUGAAGUUAGGUAUGGCUGGGAAAAUAGAUGAAAUUGAAGGAUUUUGUAGUGAGAUGGUAAAGGAUAAAUGCCCAAAUUUUGAACAAGUUCUUUUGGAUUUGCUUGAUAUAUUUGUUAGAAAUAGUAGGCUUAGUGAGGCUUUAUGUGUUCUUUCUUGUAUAAAUUUGUGUACCUUAAAUCCCUCUAUAUCUGUAUUUAAUCAAUUAUUGGGCGCACUUGUCAAGGAAAAGAAAGAAUUUAAGGAUGUAUUGUUCGUAUAUAAAGAGAUUGUGAAAGCUGGAAUUGGUCCCAAUAUUGAUACACUUAAUUCUCUGAUAGAGGCUUUAUUUGCUGCUGAUCGCGCUGAUGCUGCAUUGGAGCAAUACAAACGACUUCAUAAGAAAGGUUGUAGUCCUAAUGGUAGGACUUUUCAGAUAAUUAUUGGUGAACUUGUUGCAAGGGGUAGAGUGGAUGAAGCACUUGUAAUUUUAGAUGAUAUGUUUAGAAUACGGUGUGAACCAGAUUAUUCUAGCUUUUACGCUCAUAUAAUUCCUUUUUUUUGUGAUAUGAAUGAAUUAGAUGUAGUAAGGAGGUUGUUUUCUGUGAUGAGAGCGUCCAAGGUUCUUCCGGAUUCAUCCACUUAUGGGGCAAUGAUAAAGUGUUUGUGUUGGAAUCUUCUCGUGGAUGAUGCUGUAAAACUUGUAGAUGAGAUGGUGUAUAAUGAUGUUUGGCCAGAUGAUGAUGUGUUCAUGAGUAUAAUAGAUGGAUUAUGUGAAUUGAAUAUGUUGAGUGAAGCUAAGGAGUUUUUGAGUGACAAAGAAGUUGCAAGUGUAUUGCCUUACAAUGCGCUUCUUGAAGCUAUUCUAAAUGAUGGCAGCUUUAAUAUGGCAAGAGAUCUGUUUGAUGAAAUGUUUGAGAGAAACAUCACAGAUCAUCGUUCUUGGAAUAUCAUGAUUCAAUACUUGUGUGGUAAUAAAAGGCUGAAAGAUGCCUUGAAAUAUCUUGCUAGAAUGAUUGUUUCCUCCGUUAGUCUUGAUUCAUCUACAUAUUCUGCUCUCAUCGUUGGCAACUGCAAAUUAGGUAAAUGUGAGGAUGCUUUGGCAUUGUUUCAUCAACUUAGCUCCAAAUCUGGGUUAUUAGAUUUGGUAUCAUAUGCUCAACUUAUUGAGUGUCUUUGCCAGAAGGAAGAGAUUCAGGAAGCCACCGAAGUGUUUUGCUUCAUGUCAACAAAGAGAUAUGCUCUUCAAUCGACCUCGUUUGGCAAGCUUAUGGAUGGACUUUGUGCUAGUGGGUACACAGUUAGAGCAAUCAAAUUGCUACCAAUUGCAUAUUAUUGUGGUACAUUGUCUUCUCCUUCUGCUUACAACAGCAUAAUGCAAGGCCUAUUCAGUUUAGGAAGAGCAAGUGGUCUCUUUAUGGUGCUCUCGAGAAUGGUUGUGGAUGGUUGUAAGCUGGAUGGGGAAACAUAUUGCAUUCUUAUUCAGAGCAUGAUUUCGCUUGGACAUAUAGAGAAGUCGGUUCUAUUCUUGGAUAUGAUGCUUAGUCAGGGUUUAUUACCGAAUUCAGAAACACUUUCUAAACUUCUGGAGUAUCUGGUGGAAAACACUCAGGUCCACAUGAUAUUUUCUUCAAUAGAUAAGCUUGUCUCAGAAUUUGAAGUUGUUGAUUCAGCCAUGUACAAUAUGCUGAUAAAUAGUCUCUUGAAAGAGGGAUACAAAGACAAGGCCUCUUUCUUACUGGAUUUAAUGUUGGAAAAGGGCUGGGUUCCUGAUGCUAGUACUCAUGCUUUAUUAGUGGGUUCCAGUGUGGAAGAUGAAACAGAUACUCAAAAUCCUUCAUGUGACAAAUUUAUCACACAGGAUAAUGUUGGCAAUAUACUUGCUGAGGGCCUCGGGAAAUUUGAUGGACAUGACUACAGAUUAUAAAUACUUAAAUUGGGAUCUUGUUCCAGCAAUCAAUUUGGCAGAUGCGUGCAUAAAGAUAUA